AUGGAUGUUGGCACUCAAAUUAAGGUUUCUGCAUUUGCCAUUCUCAAAUUGGUCUUUAUUGCUUUUAUAGGUUUUGUUGGUGCGAGGUGGUGCGGAUUUAACUCAAUUGUACGUGCCGGAUGGUCCAAAAUGAUUUUUACCUUUUUUCUCCCUGCAACUGUAUUCUACCAAACUGCGACGGCAAUCAACGAACUCAGUGAAUUGAAGGAGUUAUGGAUAUGCCCAGUCGCUUGUGCAAUUCAUAUUGUGUUUCAAUUUCUUGGCUGCAUUUUAGUUGGUAAAAUUCUUCGAAUUCCAACACUUGAAAACCGGGUAUUUUCCUUCACUUUGGGCUUUGCUAAUAUUUUUUACAUUCCAAUGGCUAUUACUGAAUCGUUUAUAGGAGAGAGUGACAUUCUUGGUGAAGGUGCCAAAGAAAAAGCUUUUUCAUAUAUUUGUACAUAUCAACUGAGUUAUAUGGUAGGGUUCUUUAUAAUUGGAUAUAAUUACAUCAACCUCAAUGUCCGAGACUUGAAGAAAAAAGAAGAAGAAUUAAACAAUGAAAUAGGUGUUGAAAUGGAGAAUGAAGGAGUCAAUGAAAUACACCCAGAAAACAUUUCAUUUGAAGAAAAACGUGGAAGUCGGGAAAGUGUUGAACAAAUUGAAGAAAAUAACAAAAGUGAAUUAAAAGAGGACAUUCAUAUUGAUAUCGAAAAGAUUAAGGAUAUCACAAAAACAAUUGAUAAGAAGGAAGAAGUUCCAAAUCCACUUUUGGAGUACCAAGUCAAACCCAUUCACUACGAAGAGGAAGAUGAAGGUAUUGAUGAUGAUGAUAUAUUAGUCGAUGACGAAAUAUCUUCUGAUGAAUUGGAAGAAGAACAAGAAAACGAAACUACUACACAAAAUGUAAGUCAAAAUGGAUCAAUAAAAAUGGAUGAGGUUCGCGAUAAAACACCUUCUAUUCCUUCGCGCGAUAUUUCAGUUAAUUCCCCUGAAAUUAUAAAAUCAAAAGAAGAUGUGACAUCACAAGAGAAAGCAACAAAGACGAGAAAAAUAAAUUCCUUU